ACGUGUGGCCCCGCGGAGCCUGGGCCCGUUGAGUCUGGCCGCGCUCCGCGGACUCCCGCCAUGGGCCCUGCAGCAGGCUCGGGGACGGCGCGCUACCUCGUGUACUUCCAGUACUUGGGCACGGAAUUUAACGGGGUCGCGGCCGUCAGGGGCUCCCAGCGCGCCGUCGGGGUCCAGAACUACCUGGAGGAGGCUGCGAAGCGGCUGAAUUCGGUGGUGCCGGUCAAGUUCACGAUCUCCAGCCGCACGGAUGCCGGGGUCCACGCCCUGUGCAACGCGGCUCACCUGGACGUCCAGCGCCGCUCAGGCCAACCCCCCUUCUCCCCAGAGGUCCUGGCAGAGGCUCUCAAUGCCCACCUAAGGCACCCGGCCAUACGGGUACUGCAAGCUUUCCGAGUACCCAGUGACUUCCAUGCCCGCCAUGCAGCCACAUCCAGGACCUACCUGUACCGUCUGGUCACUGGCUGCCAUCGGCCUGACCACCUGUCAGUGUUUGAGCGAAACCGGUGCUGGGGACUGCAGGCAGACUGCUUGGAUGUGGUCGCCAUGCAGGAGGCUGCCCAGCACCUCCUGGGGACGCACGACUUCGGUGCCUUCCAGUCAGCUGGCAGCCCCGCCACGAGCUCGGUGCGCACACUGCGCCGAGCCUCCGUGGCCCCUGACCCAGGCAGCCUCUUCAUCCUCCCCCAGGAGAACAGGUUGCAGUUCUGGAACCUGGAGUUUGAGAGCCAGUCCUUCCUGUACAAGCAGGUGCGGAGAAUGACGGCUGUGUUGGUGGCUGUGGGGCUGGGGACUUUGAUGCCUGCUCAGGUGAAGGUGAUCCUGGAAAGCCGGGACCCCCUGGGCAGGCACCAGGCACGUGUGGCCCCGGCCCAUGGCUUAUUCCUCAAGUCCGUGCUGUACGGGAGCCUUGCAGGUGAGAAUCCAGCCUCCGUUCAGCGGGAAAGUGAGGAAACCCCAGGUUGGCCAAAGAAUCCCCACCUGGAGACCGGCAGCCCAAAAGCAAGAGGCCUGGAGUAAGGUGCCUCCUUCCCCUGGAGCCCUGACCUGGGCCGUAGGACCAAGUUUCCAGUAGAGGAAAAGCAAGUUUCCUCAGGGAGGAGGGAGGGGCCUGAAAGGCAGGAGUUCUGCGGCCCAGAUGAAGCUAUGGACUUAAGGCCAGACCCAGCCUCUGCAGAAAACCUCCUGUGCCCUGCAGGGCUUGCCACACGGAAGCCACAGAUAACCUGCAGAUUUCGUGGCUGAGGUCAAGGCGGCCAGGACACAC